UUCAACUUGAGCUUCUCAGAGGAAUUAAAAGCACUGUGUCUGUUGUCUCCUACUGGAUGACAAUAUGCGGCAAUAUUUACCCAUAAAGAACUUUCCAUGGCCCUGGUCUAGGAGGGAUGAUGGGCAGAAUGAGUCCAGCCCCCUCAUACCAAAGUCAGGUGCUGCAAAAGUGGAGGAUGAGGAGCUCGGCCAUGUUGACAGGGAAAUUCCAUCAGGGACUCACAGCGUUGAGGAUCCUUACAUUUCCACAAGAAUCCGCCCUCAUUACAGUUAUUCUUUGAUGGAUUAUUUCCUAAAAUACUUACUGUUCCUGUGUAACCUAGUAUUCACAGUUCUGGGCCUGGUGGUUAUUGGUUUGGGGAUCUGGGGGCUUGUCAGCAAAGAAUCACUCGCCCAAGAGAAGAUUGGAAGUAUCGGCACGGAUCCAAUGCUGAUACUUUUGACUCUGGGCUUGCUGCUCACCUUUCUCUGUCUGACUGGCUGUGUUGGUGCCUUAAGAGAGAACUGCUGCUUGCUGAAGCUGUUCUCUUGGAUCGUGCUGGUGCUCAUCACAAUCCAGGUGCUGUUUGUGAUCGUGGCUUAUAGCAUGCAGGACCAAAUCGAAGGGUACCUGCGGUCGGGGAUAUUAGCUGCCAUGGCACGCUAUCAAGAUGAUCUGGACCUUCGAUUCAUCACAGAUGAAAUCCAGUUGAGUCUGCAGUGCUGUGGGGCGGAUACAUUCCGGGAUUGGGAGAUUAACAUGUAUUACAACUGCUCAGCUCCAGGAGUGCUGGCUUGUGGUGUCCCUGCAACGUGUUGCUUGGACCCGUUUGAGAACGGCACGGUUUGGAACUCACAGUGUGGCGUUGGAGUCCAGCUCAUGGACGAGUUCACUGCUCAAAGCGUGAUCUUCUUAGGGGGCUGCCUCGGGGGAAUCUCUCGUUGGAUUGAGCAGCAUGAGGGCCUGAUCGGGACCAUCGGAGUGGUUGUUGUUGGAGUUCAGAUUCUUACUGUGCUGAUCACCAGAAGACUGAUGGACAGCAUCCGCUGGCAUAAAGUUAAUGUAUAAUAUAAAUACAUUAUGUAGCUAAAAAGAGGCAUGGCUGUUUGGUUUGUUUUUAUGUUUUGUGAUUUGGACUUCAUCACUAAUAAAUUAAUUUGCAAAAAAAAAUUAUAUUUUACACUAAGACAAUUCAUUUCAAUACUAAUAGAUUAUAGAAAUCUUGCAGGAGGGCAUAAAAGAAAGAAAAAAAAUUGGAGUUGUUGAGAGCAGCAAUGUCCUGUGGGCAAAGUCAAUCAAAUCAAAGAUGAAUGUCUUCAGUCAUGCAUGCUACAUUGUUUUGUAGCAGAAAAACAGAUCCAGAUAGAUGAAGCCUCCAACAUUUUGUGCAGCAUAAAGAAAACAUCCCCAGUAUGGGAUCUUCUAACUAUCAAAGUUGGAACCCUUCGACCCUGCCGAGUCAUUGUGAAGCGAUGUGGUCGUGGAGGAGUUUUGCUUUUCUGUUGCUUUUUUACAGCUUUCUCAUUCAGACGCUGUAUUAGAAUCUGUCUAUCUCUUCGUUGACACUCAGGGACUCGCUUUGUUUGGCAAAGCAAUGUCUCAAAAAACUAUAAAUGACAGUCUCAAGGCA